AUGGUCCCUCCUCGGAUCGCUGUUGUGGUGAUCCUCGUUAUUGGUGCAAAGUCUUUUUCAACAUAUUCUUGCCCUUCUGGCUGGAUUGAGUCAACAGGCGGUGCCAAUGUGGGAAAUGCUGUGGGGGAGUCUUACCCAUACAAUUGGGGCGAAUGCACUGGGACAUUUGAGUCUAACUGGUGCGUUCUUGGCGAGGAGACGGGGAGAAAUUUCUGCCUCACUGAGACAGCUUGCACUGGCUAUUCAACUUUGUUAUGUUCUUCCACCCCUUGUCCAUGGAGCCACGCAGCAUAUGACCGUGUUCAAAUUGGCACGGAUUCAGUGGCCAACAACUGGGGAAGUCCGUGGAUGACGUGCUUCAAGUCAUGCAGCAUCGUCUCUCCAUGUAGCAGCGGCUACUUGCUCAAGACGAGCGCAAGCACUAUCCGUGCAAGCACCAACAGUGAAUGCUGCGACGCGUCAUGCAGCAUCUUUGCCUGUAGCAGCGGCUACUUGCUCAAGACGAGCGCAAGCACCAUUCGUGGAAGCACCAACAGUGAAUGCUGCGACGCAUCAUGCAGCAUCUUUGCCUGUAGCAGCGGCUACUUGCUCAAGACGAGCGCAAGCGCUAUCCGUGCAAGCACCAACAGUGAAUGCUGCGACGCAUCAUGCAGCAUCUUUGCCUGUAGCAGCGGCUACUUGCUCAAGACGAGCGCAAGCACUAUCCGUGCAAGCACCAAUAGUGAAUGCUGCGACGCAUCAUGCAGCAUCUUUGCCUGUAGCAGCGGCUACUUGCUCAAGACGAGCGCAAGCGCUAUCCGUGCAAGCACCAACAGUGAAUGCUGCGACGCAUCAUGCAGCAUCUUUGCCUGUAGCAGCGGCUACUUGCUCAAAACGAGCGCAAGCGCUAUCCGUGCAAGCACCAACAGUGAAUGUUGCGACGCAUCAUGCAGCAUCUUUGCCUGUAGCAGCGGCUACUUGCUCAAGACGAGCGCAAGCGCUAUCCGUGCAAGCACCAACAGUGAAUGCUGCGACGCGUCAUGCAGCAUCUUUGCCUGUAGCAGCGGCUACUUGCUCAAGACGAGCGCAAGCGCUAUCCGUGCAAGCACCAACAGUGAAUGCUGCGACGCGUCAUGCAGCAUCUUUGCCUGUAGCAGCGGCUACUUGCUCAAGACGAGCGCAAGCGCUAUCCGUGCAAGCACCAACAGUGAAUGCUGCGACGCGUCAUGCAGCAUCUUUGCCUGUAGCAGCGGCUACUUGCUCAAGACGAGUGCAAGCACUAUCCGUGCAAGCACCAACAGUGAAUGCUGUGAUGCCACCACAACCACGACAACGACGGCGGCCCCUUCUGCGCUUUCAAUAUUCGCCAAUGGUCAGCCGAAACUCAGGUUCGACCACUGGAUUUCUACCUGGCGUCGGAGUGAUGACUCCGCAGACGCCGCGGACUUGCACGUGAACCUCCGCUACCUGGUGUCCGUGGUGGUGGUCCGUGUGGUCCCGUGGCGUCCGUGGUGGGUCCGUGUGGUGGUCCACGGGACAACCACAGCGGAACCACACCUGGAAGAAGUUCAGCGUUUGUUGGACGAGCUGCUCUUGCCAAAUGCUACCCAAGCCGAACUGGUGAUCUCCACCGAGAUUGGCGAUUUGACGGUAGCUGCCUUGUCGCCGGAAGCUGUCAACACAUCCGGGGGCAUCGCCUCCGUCUGCGCAGCUGGUGCAAACUGCUCCACCAAAGUGAAGGUCACAGCUGAUGUCUUAGCAGCUGCUGCCAAAGUAUCGGGGGUCGAAGGCGGCUCUGUGGUGCUGAGCGUGAUGAAGAUGGCCGAGGAGAUUGCAAGCAAGUUUGUACCGAUACCGCCCGAUCCAGCUGAAGAAGGUGUUUCCCUGGCGUCGCAGCCAUUGGUUGUUGAACUGCGUGGAGAAGAUGGGAAGAUCAUCGAGCUUGGAGAACUUUCCACCCCCAUCCAGCUGCAGCUACAAGUGCCUGCUGCGGUGCAAGGCUCCACUGUGAGUUGCGCCUUCUGGGACGAGGACGCCUCAUCCUGGUCAACAAGAGGCGUCCGCACCCUGUCCACUGAUGUGGAGUCCGGCAUCGGCAUCUGUGAAACUGAUCACCUCUCCAUCUUCGCCUUUGUGCUGCAGGAGUUUCGUCAGUCCCUUCUCUGCAGCUCCGUCGGCCAGCUCUUGAACACGAAGGGACUUGAGGAAUUGGCGAGGCCCGAUUUCUGGAAGCAUCCGAGCACCGUUGUGCUGCUGUGCUUUUACAUCUUGUGCUUUGUGGCGCUGGCCGUGGGCUAUUACCAAGAUUGCAAGGCGGAGCCGGGCAUGGAGAUGAUUUACGUGAAGAACGAGGCCGCGAAUCAGCCCCAAGGCGGCAGCUGCCGCUGCUCCACCUGCUCCUGGCUUUGCGGGCAGCUAGCACAAGGAAUCAAGGAAAGUCCGCGUUUCCUUGCCAACCUGUGCAGCUGGUCCCGGACCAAGGCACGUGCGCGGGCAAGGCUUGCAGCCGUGAUCAAGAAAUGCGUUGCGUCCAUGCACGCGAGAACGAGUGGAAUUCAUGCGAAGUCCAUUCGGCUCAUCAUGGACGCUGAAGCCAAGGAGACGUCUAGGCCUACCGACGAAAAGAUGUUCUCCAUGACGCGCGGUACGAGGACGUUCCUGUCUAUUGGCCGCCAGGUUGAAAGGGAGAACAUCAAAAACACCGCCGAGACAUUCUUCGCUGCCUAUCCGCUCAGACGAACGACGUGGCUGUUUCUGGCUGUGCAUCCUUGGGUGGCACUGGCGAGGCUCUGUGCAGUAACGACUGUUACAAGACGGACGUCUUUCAUCAUCAUGAAGCUCCUCAGCGCUGGGGCACUAAGUGCCGCCUUCUUCCAAACAGGGGCUGUCGAUCGAGAUGCACCAAAAGGUUGCGAAGAGCCGUCGACCCCACUGCAAGAGUGGCUGCGCAGCGCUUUCACCGGCUUCUUGUCAUCUUUGUGUGGAAACCUGGCCAUCCUGGGCCUCAUGCUGCUCCAGAGACGCGGUAUUGCCACGCUGGCAAAUCAGAAGGCGGUCGACAAACACAAACGCAUAUGGAUGAUCAGACUCACCGUCUUCUGGGCUCUUGCAUGGCUCUUGAUGUUUGUCUGCAUAUUCUAUAUCCUGAUCUUCCUUGCUAACGUCGGAGACAGUUUCCGGGACAAGUGGCUUCGAGCCGUCACCUUCAGCCUCCUUCAGGCUGCAGUGCUGAUGCCUGGGCUCGAGGCAGCCGCACUAGGCAUCGCGGUUUCUCUGGCCAUGCUCUGCUUCCCGGGCAUCGCGCAUGACUGGCGCGCGGAAAAUCCGACGAAGGAUGAAGAAGCCUGUGGUGACACAGCCGAGGGAGGCCCCACCAGCGACGCGCCACUGAUGAUCUCUUCCCCAAGUGCGACAGCAGUCAUCCCGUUCGGCGUACUUCCAUCAGGCCCCAACAGCGAUGCUCCAAAGAUGAGCCCUUCCCCCAGGCCCAUCUCGCACGACGGCAUCCCAGCAGGCCCCACCAGCGACGCGCCACUGAUGAUCUCUUCCCCAAGUGCGACAGCAGUCAUCCCGUUCGGCGUACUUCCAUCAGGCCCCAACAGCGAUGCUCCAAAGAUGAGCCCUUCCCCCAGGCCCAUCUCGCACGACGUCAUCCCAGCAGGCCCCACCAGCGACGCGCCACUGAUGAUCUCUUCCCCAAGGCCCAUCUCGCGUGGCGGCAUCCCGUCAGGCGCUCCAUUGCCAGAGAUGCCAGGACAAGUGCCAACUGACUGA